AUGUCGCAUGAGAACGAAGAUGUCGAGAACCUAAAUCAAUCAGAGCAAGAAGUAGACUUGAAUGCCCCUAUUGAGGAUGAACCAAUUACAACUGAAGAUAAAGAAGAAAACGAGAACGAGAACGAUGCAACAGCCAUAUCAGAUACAGAUAAAGCUAAUGACAUCGUCGCAGAACCAGAGGAAGAGGAGGAAGCAAUGAGCCUAAAUGAGCCCAUGGAAGAAGUUCCAUCUUUGGGAGAAUCAUUCAUCGAUGAUGAGGAAGAUGUAGAAGGUAAAGAUCAGAAAAGCAUGCCAAAUCCAGUGUUGGUUGGCGUGAAAGAAGAUUCAUCAACUGUGCCUAAUUCAUUCACAGAUGUUGACUUGAGUGACUCUAUUCCAAAUAUGGUGGCACCUACUUCAGAUCUACCUGAAAUUGAGGAACCACAAUCUCAAAGAGCCGAUAUCCCGGAAGCACUAAUAAAGCAACUAGAUAAAGAACAAGGUCAAAUACAGCAAGCAAUUACAAUUAUUUCAUCACCACCCCUUCCUCCAAGGGACCAUUUGGGACAGGAUGUGCCAAUUGUCGCCCCGAUGAAACCACCAGUUUCACCUACUCUCCCUCCAAGAACCAACAUAAGUAAAAAUGAAAACCUUGAGGGACCAACUUUACCACCAAGAGAACCUAUCUCAAAGGAAACCUCAAACUCCUUGACACCUCCUCCACCAGCACUCCCUCGACGUACUUCAGUCAUUGAUACAACUCUAGUUGUGCAGACAAGGAAACUAAUGACAGAGGGCCCAGACGUCCUAUAUCAACCGAACGACAUGUUAAAUGAUGAAACCCUUGAAGGUUUAAACAUUUCCAAGACAUGGGAACAAUUCUUGGAGAACCCAACUGAAAUAAUUGAAGAACAGACUGAUUCAUUGAUGGAAGAAUUAUCAAAGGGUGUUCCGGAACCCAUCCAUUCACUAGUAUGGCAAACUUUCUCCAAUAUCAACAUUGCCACUGAGGAAAGAUAUAAUGCUUUAUUAGCUAAGGAUCUAGCUUUUGAAGAUGGCAUUCUAGAUUAUUUGAAAGACCCUGAUACUGAUUAUGUCUCAACUGAAGAUAUGGGCUCGAUAUUCAACGUAAUAAGGUCUUACUAUGCUUCUUUGAGUACCCAAAAGGAACAAUUCGAUACCGGUAUUACCUAUGCAACCAUUGGUCUCUUAAGUGGUUGUGAAAAUGAAGAAAUCAAAGCCUUUAGCUUGUUAGAGGCUUUAAUGAUUAAGUACAGAUUAGGGGAAUUAUUUCAGGAUAAUGGGUUUGCACUACACUUAUAUUGUUUGGAUAGAAUGUUGGAGGAAGAUCAUUCUGAAUUGUAUAAUCACUUAAUGAAAUUAGGCAUUAAAUCAUCCAUGUUUGUAGAAAGGUGGUUUAAGACCUUCUUCGUCUUUUUAAAUGACGACGUUUCACAUAUCGCACGUUUACUCGACAUUAUAUUUGCUGAGGGAACAUACGCACUAAUAAGAUUUGCGCUCAUAUUGAUGGUUAAGAAUGAAGAAACAAUUAUGAAGAUGGAAUUUGAUGAAUUAUUGCAAUUUUUUAGAUUGGAAAUAAUUGCAUGUUACAAACUCAAUGAAUCGUCAGCAGCAGUAGAUAAUUCCAAUGGGGAGAAUGAUGAGCAGAAUGCUGAUAGUGUUGAUACAGAUGAAGUAAACAGUGUUAUCCGUAAAGACUUAGGGAAUAUGACUUUAAAUAUCGAUCAAUUUGUCAAGGAUGCUAUGACGGAGAUUGAACUGACACCGGCAAAGAUAAGGACAUUCUCAAUGGAAUAUGAAGAAAUUCAUAGGGUGGAACAUGAGAAGGAAGAACAAUUUGCAAGUAUGAGAUCUAAGAAUGAAGCUUUACAAACUGACGUGAAAAAACUAGAAUGUGACUACACUUCAUUAAAUAGGGAGCACGUUUUAAUGGCGAACGAGUUAAUUAAGAACCGUUUAAACAUUGCAGCCAUUGAAAAAGAAAAUGUUUCGUUAAAAAUGGAAGUGCUCAAAGUAAAGAAAAGAAUUGAUCAAGAGAUUAAAGAACAAAAGGCACAAGGCCUACAUGGUGUACCAACAACAUUAAAACAAGAAGUUGACAAGGCAUUGAAGGAAAAUGAAAAAGUUAUGAGACAAAAUCUAAUCUAUCAAGAUAAGAUUGAUGAGCUGAGUGCGCUUGUUGAAAAGAUUAAGGCUGCUAACGAAGCAGGAGAACCAAUAGAGGUCCAGACACAAGCAGGUUUCUUAAGACAACCGUUAUUGAACGGUGGAUGGUCAGGCAUCAAAAAAGUUUUUAAAUGA